UCGGUUGCAGACCAAAAAGACCUGACUUCCUUAUUUUUGUUACGAACUUCAACAAAAGCUGCUAUUCUCAUGAGACAAGAAUACAUUUUCUUAAAAUCUAACAACUAGCUUUGGAUUCAUAUGAUGCUGCGUCUCUUUGUCUAGCCCGGUAAAGACUCUCAACAUGUUUUCAAUGCUGUUUGAUGAGGACUCCUCUGAUGUGGCUGCUACAGGAUGCUCAAACCGCCCCACCAAUGAUGCGCCGCCUCCGUCCAGACCAAGCCAUCGAUUCUGUGGAAUUCUCAACCAAGGCGCCACUUGCUACCUGAACUCACUCCUUCAAACACUAUUUCUAACUCCGGAAUUCAGAGAUGCACUUUUUGCACUCGGUACCAACGAGUUGGGGAGGAUCGAAGACAAGAACAAAGCUGGUUCCAAGGUCCGCAUCAUUCCAAUUGAGCUACAGCGGUUGUUUGUAAGGAUGCUGCAUCUGAAUCAGUCUUGCACCUCAACCACUGAUCUCACAGACAGCUUUGGAUGGACCAAUAAUGAAGAGCUACAGCAACAUGAUGUACAGGAAUUAAAUCGAAUCCUGUUCAUCGCUAUAGAGGAGUCACUAGUCGGAACAUCCGGGCAGAACCUCAUAAAAAACUUAUACCACGGUAGUGUCGUCAAUCAGAUAAUAUGUCAAGAGUGCGGCCGCGUGAGCGAAAAUGAAGAACAUUUCCUUGAUUUGACGAUCACAGUUGCUGGAAAUAUCGGCCUGGAAAAUGGCCUUUAUAACCAGUAUGUCGAGACAGAAAGACUUGACGGGAAAAAUCAGUAUCGGUGUGGGGCGUGUAAUAAAUUGGUCGAUGCUAAAAAAGGGGCGAGGAUACGUCGCUUGCCGCCCAUAUUGUCAUUCUCCCUUCUGAGGUUCAGCUUUGAUUUCAUCAAGUUGGAGCGAUACAAGGAGAAUGGCAAAUUUACAUUCCCGCUGUCGCUGGACAUGUCACGCUAUGUUGAACAAGAAUCACCAGACAACAUGGAAUAUGAGCUGUUUUCAGUUGUAAUUCAUAGUGGCAGUGCCUAUGGAGGACAUUAUCAUGCCUAUAUCAGAGACGUGGAGGGCUCGGGAGAAUGGGUACCACCGGAUGAAGAAGUGAUUACGCUAUCGAAGAAGAAAGAAGACGACAUUGACCUGGUUCAGUUAGACUCACCAAGAAAUGUGCUGAAAGCAUUGCUGGAAAAUGCGGAAAAUAAAUCGCUGUCCGUCGACGUCUUGGCUCAGGAGUUGAUGAAACAGACAGGUGUUUCUUGGAAUAAACGUUUCAAGAAACACAAUGGUACCAUCAGUAAGUUUGUUCAAAAACAUGAUGAUAUUUUCAUGUUUUCCGAGUCGACACGGACUGUCAGCUUGAAGUCGGAUCUAGAGACAUUUGGUACGAAGGAUUCGACACCAGAUGGCAGCUCUGGCACUAAGCAGGAUCCCUGGAUAGUGACCCGCCACAACAGCUCGAAAAAAGAUCCUCCUCCCCCUGGACACUGCUGGUUCGACUUCAACGAUACACAUGUGCAUCCAAUCUGGCAGAGUGACAUCGAGAAACAGUUCAGCGGGAGAGAGAGUGGCUAUAUGCUGUUUUAUCGCAAGAGAUCGUACCAACCCAUUGUCCAUAAAACGCCCAUUCCACCCUAUCUAAAGACUGAAGUGGAUGAACUGAAUGCACAGCUGUUGAAACAGAGGGAAGACCAUGAGAGUGAACAGAAUUGUAUUGUGUUGACUGUUCUCCAGGCAGCCGACUACGAGUAUUCAUCAGUGACGUCUGCUCUCAGGUCUUGUAAACAAUCUGAACCGAAACAAAUCACGUUGGACCGGCGAAAAAACACCAUGGAACUUCGACAUGCCCUUGUGGAGAUUGUUGGUGAUACGUUCUCCACCGUCCAUACAGCUAAACACCUACCAGCUGGUCUGCAUCUCUAUAACAAGGUUAUCUGUGAUUUGUCAAACAGCGUUAAAGACGCCGGUCUCAAGAACAACGACCUCCUCUUCUUAUGGGAUGGUGAGAAAAUACGGAAUGGAGUUGUAGCUGUAGGGACGGAAUGCGAGCCGGUCCUAUUGACCGUCCACGAAGGAUCGAGAGCAAAGUUAGAACGAGGCUUCCCUAAGAAUCUUCCCCUUGGUGCUAUGAGGAUUUCAUUGAUGGAAGUUUUUGAUUUGAAGAAGUUUGAUAUUCAUUUGCUUACCAAGAACGGAAACUCCUUAGAAUCUGUGCUAUUGUCCCGAGACCAGGAUCAACUCACUCUUGAAGAGUUCAAGCUGGGAGAUGGAAGUGAAAUAUUGAUAUCCAAAAGUCAAAGUCCUAGUGAAAUGGCAGACGUUCAAGAGAAGUUAAGGAAUGACAUGACGUUAUCAGUGGCGGUCAAAUGUCUAGAGGAAGUGAAAGGGGAAUACCCUACCGUGAAGGUCAAUGCUACAUCAGAUACAAGCGUAGAGGAGCUCAAAGCUCUGGUGAUAUCCAAACUACCACAAGACUGUGAUAUUCCUGGCGGUGGAAGGUUCAGAAUUGACGACCAAAAUGUUGGACUACAGAUACCUCUACGUGAGAAUCUGACUUUAGAAAAGGCCGCAAUUCAUGAGACGACACAUUUGAUAUUUGAGGGAGGGUCUUCUCCUACCACUGAUGAGGUCACUUUGAAUAUCCGCCUGGCGCAGGAAGGGAUGGGGGACGUGGCCGACUUUGAGGUGAUCCUGAACAAAAAUUCAACAAUACUGGAAUGUCUGACCGUGGCUGCCUCCAAACUGGGUCUAGCUGCAGGGGACUGGCAUUUGCGACAGGCGAAUUGGUGCGGUGAGGCCGCGGCCAUCUUGGACGACAUCGAUAAGACGUUGGAGCAGUGCAACGUUCGAGAUGGAACUCUCCUGCUGCUGGAGGAAGGAAGGUUGCCACCAAAGGGCUUCUACCAGCUGCCAGUGUGGCUCUACCCCACCCCAGCUUGUCAACAAGACUCUGUUGGAUAUAUUUCAUGGAUCACGAGCGGCUUCCGUGGGUUGAUAAGCGGUGGAAAGGAAACGUCAUCCGAUGCUCCGACCAACUGUGGGAUGAUUGAAGUAGCCAGGGAGUCCUCAGUCGCUGGUUUGAAGUCGUUGAUCCUGACUCUGCCGGCCGUGGCAGAACGGAACGUUCCAAUGAUUGAGUUCCUUCGUGUUCGAUUGAUUGAAAAUGGACGGUUGAAAAAUGUUCUCAGAGAUAAUAAACAGAAUAUACAGAGGCAGAAAGUGUCUGCAAGUAGCAAUUUGUGUGUCCAGGUGCUCGAACACGAAGAAAUGUUAGGUAAUAAUGAUGUCCUCCUCCAGAUCUGGGAGCGCAUGCCCCAGAGUCGAUCCUACUCUUCCCGAGGCGACAUUGUGUGGGACUCGAGCAAGGAUGCAACCGUGACGAGUCUCAAGCAAAGAUGCGCAGACCACUUGACACUCCCAAUGGAACAAAUUGCCAUUGCAAAGCAUUUCGAAGAAAAGUAUGAGUGGAUGGUGAUAAGAGACGUUCCUCAUUCUGGGAAGCAACAGAGAGGAAACAAAGGCAAAAAGAAAGAUGGCGGAAAAGUGAACGUGAAACAUGCGCCAUACUUGAUCAAGGACGGCGACGUGAUCGGAGUCAAGAAUUUAGCGUAUGAUCCGACGAAUGAGGACGACUUUACCACGGUUGAGGACGAUGAGGGGAAAGAAAAACUGAAACAGUUAACAGAACAAAAACAGAAAGAGAGACAGCAAAAGAAGUCGCAAUUCGCCAGUGGCAUGGGACCAAAUGUGAAAAAGAAGGAAAGAAAAGAGGUUGGACUGUCCAUUAAAGUUGGCGAUUUCAGAUAGUACUUUGAACUGGAAUUUGAGGCCCAUUCCAAACUGUGAUCUAUUGGUUCAUUGGGUGUGGACAGUUGAUAUGCCUGUGGAGGCAGCCCACAUUUGUUAAUGGAUUAAAGCGGAUUUUGUACGCGCAAUACAACAAUUUCGGAAAUAGUCUGGAGUACAGAUUCUUGGAAAUCCAUGCCUGAAUAUCCAACCAGCUGCGCCUAUUUGUCAAUUUGGGACUUGUCAGUCUACAUUAUACAAGAAAAUCUUCUUCUGCAUAUUGGAUGUCUUUCAGAGAAGGCAUUAGUCCCAGGUGUAUGGUGUUGAGAUGGAAGCUUUGUCGGUGUUUCGGUAUAAGCUUGUCAGAUAAAAAGUCAAGAGAUCAUGUACAAUGAUUUGUGUCAGAUGAACUAUUUCUUUUAUUUGAGUAAAUCAACUGUACAGAAGAACAAAUGUCAAAAUAUUCAAGUGACACACGAAAUAAACGUUAGUUGACAAAUCCUGUAUGGAAAGGGUCAAUUUUCCAUCCUCGGAAAGUGGCACUUAUGUACGUUGUUGAUGGAGAUCAAAGGAAUUUGAAAAUGAGGUUUGUUCAUUUUGUUUAUUUUGAUUGUGGAUUAGAUGAAGAGGUUUAUUUAUUAUGAAAAUAAAAUUGAUCUAGUGAUACAGUUUUUCCUGGUUAUCUAUUAAAAGGUUAAUGUCAGAAGUCUUAUAUUCACACUAGUUCAUCAAAGUGAUUACAUGAUAGAUCCAUACAAUGUUUACAUGAAUUUGGCCACUCUUUGCCUAUUUUCUUGCUUUUCCCAUGACCCCAUCAACGAGUGAAGCAAAC